AUGACCUCUGUAGUGAAGAAGAAGCUGUCUGUCCCGGUGAGGAAGUUCACCAGCUGUGUGUCAGGGGUCAAAGAGCGUGACCUCUGGGGAAAGUGCAGGGGCAAGGUGACCCGUCGGGGCAAAGGUGGGCGGAACAUGCGGAGCACUGGCCAUCGCUCCAGCCAUCUGCAGGACCCCUACGCCAAGAGGGCGUACCAGGCUGACCUGGACCGGGAGAGGAAGCAGAGGGAGCCCAUGAACUCCCAAAAGAAUGCGGAGAGGGCCGCCAUGAGGUCACACUUCCGCCGGAAGUACCAACUACCCAAGAACUCAAAAGACUCCAGCCAUCUGCGGUCGUCAGGGCCUAAGGUGCGUCUCCCGCGUGACCUGGCAGCUAUUGUAACGCCCGACAGCAAAUCAAAAGGGGACGCCUACAGCCUGCUCAGCGCCUUCCAGGGCCUCAGCUUCAACGUGAGCAGCAUCAUCACGGGCGAGAAAAACACCAAGACCACCACGCCCACACCCACCCCCAUCAACGGAGACUGCAAGGUCAUGUGAUCAAAAGGGUCUGCCUCAUUGGCUAGAAACAUACCAAGACCCCCACUUCUCAGGGGACUUCUCUCCCAGUCAGACUUCUGCAUUUACACGCCAAGACCCACACCUUCGGCAGCACCAACUGGAAGAUCAUUUGACCCAAAAUGGCCACCAUUUUCUCUCUGGGGACUCAUGCUCCCUCACCAGUCAGACUCCAAUAUUUUACAAAGUAUAUUAGACAGCAAAUUCAGCAUCCUCAUGGACCCAUGCGAAGACCACCCUCAACCCCAUUCAACAACUGUAAGGACAUGUGACCAACAAAGCUGCCCUUUCUGGGCCAUUUUUUUCUCUCACCCAAUCAGACUCCCAUAUUUUACAUUUUUAAACUCUAAACCCCAAAGAUGAUUGAACCAGGGCUGUAUUUUACUCAUCUCUGAAGCACACAUAAUCUUUAGCCGACAGUGAGGCGCCCACAUUCUAUACCAAAUGUCAUUAGGACUCCUAUGAAAUGUUGAUCUGUGGAAAUUAUACAUUUUCAGCCUUUGAAUUGUAUAAGAUGAUCGAGGUACAGUACUAUAUGGACCUGUCCAGAUUGAAGGCAGUA